UAUCAUUCACUAUGUCUAAAACACUUGAAAAAUAAGUGUGUUGAAGCAAUACAAUGUGCAGUUGUUCAUGAAGGAGACACAUUAUAUCAACAUAUACACUCACUAAAACAGUCUUCCUUGCAACCACCUCACUGUGUAUCUCUGGCCAGAUUUAUGAUGGACAAAAAAAAAAAAAAAAGUGUGUAAAAGAGAUUUCUCAACAACAGAAUUUAGUAUAACAUAUGAGAACUCAUAAUGAACAAAAACCAUAUCAAUGUUCAGAAUGUCUAAAAGACUUUCCUGGAAAACAAAUUUAGUAAGUCACAUGGAAGCUCAUACUGGAGAGCAACCAUAUCAGUGUCCAGAAUGUCUGAAAAACUUUUCUGAGAAAUCUCAUUUAGUAAGACACAUGAGAACUCAUACUGGAGAGAAACCAUAUCAGUGUCCAGAAUGUCUGAAAAACUUUUCUGAGAAAUCUCAUUUAGUAAGACACAUGAGAACUCAUACUGGAGAGCAACCAUAUCAGUGUUCAGAAUGUCUGAAAAACUUUUCUGAGAAAUCUCGUUUAGUAAGACACAUGAGAACUCAUACUGGAGAGAAACCAUAUCAGUGUUCAGAAUGUCUAAAAGACUUUUCUUAUAGAAAGGAUUUAGUGAGACACAUGAGAACUCAUACUGGAGAGAAACCUUAUCAGUGUCCAGAAUGUCUGAAAGACUUUAAUAAAAAAUCACAUUUAGUUGGUCACAUGAGAACUCAUACUGGAGAGAAACCAUAUCAGUGUUCAGAAUGUCUGAAAAACUUUUCUGAGAAAUCUCAUUUAGUAAGACACAUAAGAACUCAUACAGGAGAGAAACCAUAUCAGUGUUCAGAAUGUCUGAAAAACUUUUCUAGAAAAUCAAAUUUAGUUUGUCACAUGAGAGCUCAUACUGGAGAGCAACCAUAUCAGUGUCCAGAAUGUCUGAAAAACUUUUCUGAGAAAUCUCAUUUAGUAAGACACAUAAGAACUCAUACAGGAGAGAAACCAUAUCAGUGUUCAGAAUGUCUGAAAAACUUUUCUAGAAAAUCAAGUUUUAUAAGUCACAUGAGAACUCAUACUAGAGAGAAACCAUAUCAGUGUUCAGAAUGUCUAAAAGACUUUAAUCAAAAAAAAAAUUUAGUUAGUCACAUGAAAACUCAUACUGGAGAGAAACCAUAUGAGUGUUCAGAAUGUCUAAAAGACUUUAAUCAAAAAUCAAGUUUAGUUAGUCACAUGAGAACUCAUACUGGAGAGAAACCAUAUCAGUGUUCAGAAUGUCUAAAAGACUUUUCUUAUAGAAAUGAUUUAGUAAGACACAUUAGAACUCAUACUGGAGAGAAACCAUAUCAGUGUUCAGAAUGUCUAAAAGACUUUUCUUAUAGAAAGGAUUUAGUGAGACACAUGAGAACUCAUACCGGAGAGAAACCUUAUCAGUGUCCAGAAUGUCUGAAAGACUUUAAUCAAAAAUCACAUUUAGUUGGUCACAUGAGAAUUCAUUCUGGAGAGAAACCAUAUCAGUGUUCAGAAUGUCUAAAAGACUUUAAUCAAAAAUCAAGUUUAGUUAGUCACAUGAGAACUCAUACUGGAGAGAAACCAUAUCAGUGUUCAGAAUGUCUAAAAGACUUUUCUUAUAGAAAUGGUUUAGUAAGACACAUUAGAACUCAUACUGGAGAGAAACGAUAUCAGUGUUCAGAAUGCUUGAAAAACUUUUCUAGAAAAUCAAAUUUAGUGAGUCACAUGAAAUCUCAUAAUGGAGAAAAACCAUAUCAGUGUUCAGAAUGUCUAAAAGACUUUAAUCAAAAAUCAAAUUUAGUGAGUCACAUGAGAAGUCAUACUGGAGAGAAACCAUAUCAGUGUUCAGAAUGUCUAAAAGGCUUUUCCCAUAGAAAGGAUUUAGUGAGACACAUGAGAACUCAUACUGGAGAGAAACCAUAUCAGUGUCCAGAAUGUCUAAAAGAUUUUAAUCAAAAAUCAAAUUUAGUUAGUCACAUGAGAACUCAUACUGGAGAGAAACCAUAUCAUUGUUCAGAAUGACUUGAAUGAAAAUUCAAGUGUGGUAUGACACAUCAGAAGUCAGUUUUCAACAUACAUAAAAAAAGUUUUUCCAUUCAUCUAAUUUAGUAAAUAAAUCAUAAAAGAAUUCAUACAAGUUAGAAAUCAUGUUAGUGUACUCCAUGGCCUGGUGGGAAAAGCUCUCACUUCACACAUUGAGGGUCCGGGUUCAAUUCCUAGCAAAGAGGUGGAAACAUUGCACGUGUUACACCGGUGGUCUAUGUUCACCCAUCAGUAAUAAUGGGUACCUGGAUGUUAGUCAACUGGUGUGGGUUGCAUCCUGGGACAAAAUUGACCUAAUUUGCCUGAAAUGCUGUGUAUAACAAGCAGCUUUCUAUAUAGUAUGUGACUGAUGUCAGCUAGGCCUGUAUAACUUGUGCAGUGGACCCUUGACCAACUAUUUUAAUCCGUUGCAGAGAGCUUGUUCUUAGCCGAAUUUAUUGUUAGCCAAAUUAAUUUUCCCCAUAAGAAAUAAUGGAAGUCCAAUUAAUCCGUUCUAGACACCCAAAAGCAUUAAAUAAAAAUUUCACAUGAAAUAUACAUUUUCCUACUCAGAAAAAAGUGAUACAUGAAGAAUAAAUACUACAUGUAGAAUAUACUACAUGAAGAAUAAAUGACACUUACCUUUAUUGAAGAUUUAUUGAUGAGUGAUGAGAGGAGGGGAGAUAAUGAAGGUGUAUUAUUGCUUGGAAGGGGAAUCCCCUUCCAUUAGGACUUUAGGUAGUAAGUUCUUUUCCGGGGUUACUUCCCUUCUUUUUUUAAUGUCACCUGGAUCAACUUGACAGUCACUGGACCUCUAUCGCACCAAAAAUCUGUCUAUAGAGCUCUGUUUCUGGCGUUUCUUUAAGAUUUCCCUUAAAUGGGACACAACAUU